AUGCGCUCCUGCAACGAGGCAGAAGCACAUAUGCUGGCAGGCGAGCUUCUCGGUGCUCCCUCCUAUAGUAACUCGACGAACCCGGUUUUCAGCGCGUUCUUCAAGCACUACAAUGGAGUUCUCAGCCCUUCAACAUUUGGCGACGCCAUUACCGAGAUUGAAAGCCCCGUGCUGAGGUCCCACAAAGACGUUCUAUCGUGUGUCCAAAUACUCAGUGGCAACCCGACGUUAACCUUCGACAAAUUUCUAGAUUUGGCCUUUUCUGGACGAGACGCUAGGCCCGCCGAGAAGGAGUAUGCAGCCAGAGCAGUCGUCAGCGCCGCGUUCAUGGUUAACUGCGCAUCCAAGGACUACUACUCCGAAGGAUUUCAGUCCAGUACCGCCAUGCGAGUAAAAUGGGAACCAAAUCAAGGAUUUGCCGACUUCUUGGAGAAAGCAUUCACCCCGAACCUGGUCUCAACCCUUGCCCAUGAUUCCAAGAGGGCGGUGCCAUACAGAGGCUCUUUGAAGGCAUGGAAGCUUGUCAAGAGGAACAAAAUAAAAAUCCGGCCCACCAACAACUUGAUAGACCACCUGCUCUACGAUGCAAAGGACCGGGUACUCCAUGUAUUCCACCAAACCAUGUUCCUCCAAAGCCAAAUCAAACGCUGCAAAACCGUUGAUUUCAAUAUGGAUUUUGAGGAAAGUUUGAAGCUGGGAAUUUUACCACCGCGGCUACUGUUCGAAACACUCGUUACCAUCCAUUGCAUCCUUUUCCCCGUAGCGAGCAUCGGAAACAAAAGAUCUAUGAGACUAUUGAAGAAGUUGAUCAAAAAAGAAGGGUUUGACCCCGAGGCAACGUGGGUGGAGUUCGUGAGACCGAUUCCAGAUGACCUUUCCUUCACAUACUGGGGCCCGCGGUUGGCUGAGCUUUAUGACGUGGUGAAGCGACCGAGACCUACAAACUCUCUUGUUUCAUGGUUUGAGAGACACACCUCAGAGAGAAAUGCGUUGACUGUGGCUAUUAUAGGGCUAUUCCUGUCGGUUUUGCUGGGUCUCUUGUCGCUGGUGGUUGGUAUCUUGCAACUACUUGUAGCCUGGUUGGCUUGGAAAGAUGAUCAGAAAAGGAACGACUAG